AUGGCUUCUCAGAACGUGCGGAACGGGCCGAAAGUAGAUUGUAUGUACAAAUUAAACCCUUUAUACAAGCCUAUAGAUCUGACGGGUGUUUCAUCAAAUUGCAUGUAUAGUUUGAAGAAGGUUGAAGCAGCAAAGAUGGAUGUGGCACACUCUGACACGCCCUGUAAUGGUUUUGACCAGAGCCCUCUUGCUGCACUUGAGGCAAGACAAGAUGCUAUAUUAAAGAAGCUAGCAACACUACAGACAGAAGUGAACAAGCUGGAAGCAGAAAGUAAAACGGGCAUAUCAGCGCCUAUGGCAAUGGCAUGUCAGCCGGCUUGUGGAAUACAAGAAUCUCCUUAUGAGUUGAGCUCAGGAGUGAUAGAAGAUGUUGUUGUGAAUGCUAGCCCAGAGAAUCCACCUUAUUCUCUGUUCAUACUCUAUCAGCUACUAAAAGGUCAAUACAGAGUUAUGACAGCCACACAUAUGCACUCAUCGGUAAAGGACAUCCCAGAAAACUUACGAAUUGCCUUCAGGAAUGGUGGGCGAGGAUCAAGGAGUGAUUUUCAAAUAGCUAUAACCCUAAUAUGGAAAGAUGUCAAACACGGUCCGACCUUGAUGGUAUCUCCAGGUGCGCAGACAAGACUUGAAGGCGAAGCGGCGAUAGCCAGGUUUAUCGGCCGCAUGAUGAAACCAGCGUAUGACGCCUGUGAUCCAGUCAUAGCCACUCAGAUCGAUAGUUGGUUAGAUAUAGCGACGAAUCUCGUGCUUGGAGGCAACGCGAAGGAAAAGGCAUCGGCUCUGAAGUCUUUGAAUUCUGCGCUUGGGAAACGUGAUUGGUUGGUUGGAAAUAGUUUGACUUUUGCUGACAUUGUGAUGUGGUCUGCUCUCCAGCAGAAAGGACAGGUUGAGGGUGCACCGGCUAAUGUAAAAAAGUGGUUAAAAUCGUGUAGUAACCAGCCAGUUUUCCAGAUGGCUCAUAAUUUAUUGUAGACUGACUUGAUUAGAUACUUAACAUAAGGCUAUCCUGAAAUAUGCUGGGUUCAAGUAACAUUGCUCAUGUGCGAGUUUUUCAUUGGUUGAGUAGGAUCAUUGUAAAUUGAUAAGUUCAUUUAUCAGUUUAGGUGUUGGCAUCCAGAUUUGGGCCUGUGCCUCGUAUUUUUGGAGAUGAUCAUAUUGCAAAAGAAUGUUGGAUUGCAUUGAUACAGUGUUGAAGGAAAAACAGCACAUUUUCUAAAGGAUUCCUUGAAGUUUAAUUUUCUUAAGAUGCUGUUUUUUGGUGACCAGCAGAGUGCACACGAUAUAAUAAAAAAGAAUAACAGAUAAACUAUAUAUUUAAAAGUCGGCUUAAAGUUGUAAGACUAAGAUAUUUUAACAAGUAACUUGGCCAACUUUGCUUUCAAGCUUUUAGGGAGAAUUUGCGAUCUCUCUGCGAGAUGAAAUUGUUCCAAGAAACGAAUAGAUAACAAACCAAACCAUAUCAUCAAGGUCAGGUAACAGGAGUGAUUGGAUACUGUCAGUGUUAACACUAUAUGUAAGUUAUGUAAAAUGCAACUAUCGGUUUCUCAUUCUGGUUCAAAGACAGAUCCCUCAGUUAAAUGGACUUAUAGUCGUACUUCCACCUAUCAAAUCCCCAUGUCUUUUGCGCUUACACCUAUGAAUUGCCGUGUCUAAAUAGACCCGUGUGUCAAAUCCCCGUGUCUAUUAGCCCCAUCGAGCUCGAUGGGGCUAAUUUAGAUCCGUGUUCAACACGGGUUUUUUUAUAGGUGGAAUCUGAAUAGACACGGCAAUUGCAAGUUCUAAGAUCCGGCGACAGAUGGCGCGAUGUAGUUGCCUCGGUAUUGCGCAUGCGAAAUCCCCCUCCGACGGGAAAGAAACACAGGAGAGCUCCCUACCUACAGCGCACCUGUCGCCGGGGCUAUUAACCAUUAUCUAACACCACUGAUAGGUGUAAGUGCACCCCGGGUUUUUUGACACACAGCGAAGACACGGGUCUUGAAAAAACGGGGUUUUAUGAUAGGUGAAACUACGACUUAUAUCAUUAUGUACAUGUGUGAUGUGCAUGUGGAGUGUUCACAAAUCAAUAGAGAAGAAAAUCUUCUAUUA